GAGACCAAACACCAGCGGUGCAUCAGAGGCGCGCAGGUUCACGGACGGGACGCACUACGGCAACACUUCUGCCCUCGUGGAGAACUACAAUCGGUGGCCUCGUGUAGUGCUUGCUGAUGAGCUGAAAGAUGCAGAGUAAGCUUUUAAUUCGAGUUAAAUUAAUUUGCACCAUUAUGACUUCACUCCAAUUAAAGCCAUAGCGAGGCGCAAAGUCAUGCACAACCGCUUGGAUCAGUGCGUCUCUGGCGACUUUACGCAUGGCUUUUCUACGAAUGGAGUGGCGGACGUGUCCCUCGGGUCGGUACUGGGGGGGUACCCUCUCUUCCCGCCCACCACGCUAACGUCACGUGGGUCCAUCGGAUCGCCUGUCGCGCGCCAUCAGCCCAGAAUGGAACACCUUCUUUGCCAAACGACGCUGAAACCACAGCCGUCCGUUUUGGGCACGACCCCCAGGCCGCGCGACGUGUUGGAGACAGAGGGGUUGGAGGACGAGGAACCCAAAGUUCACUUGGAAGCAAAGGAGCUCUGGAGACAGUUCCACACACACGGCACUGAGAUGGUCAUCACUAAAUCUGGGAGGCGCAUGUUCCCGCCGUUCAAAGUCAAGUGUUCUGGUCUUAACAAGCAAGCUCAGUAUAUCCUGCUGAUGGAUAUCGUGGCGACAGAUGACUUCAGGUACAAGUUCCAUAACGGCCACUGGAUGGUCGCGGGAAAGGCCGACCCAGAGAUGCCCAGACGCAUGUACCUCCAUCCGGACAGUCCCGCCUCGGGGGACCACUGGAUGGCCAAGACGGUCAACUUCAACAAACUCAAACUAACCAACAACAUCUCGGACAAGCAUGGCUUUACCAUUCUCAAUUCAAUGCACAAAUAUCAACCAAGGUUUCACGUGGUGAAGGCCAAUGACAUCCAGAAGCUUCCAUACAGCACCUUUAAAACCUGCAUCUUCUCUGAGACCGAGUUCAUCGCGGUGACAGCCUACCAGAAUGACAAGGUGACUCAGCUAAAGAUAGACAACAACCCCUUUGCCAAAGGGUUCCGGGAGACAGGGAACGGUCGCAGAGAGAAGAGGAAACUGCAGCCUUCAUCCCAGAGGACCUCAGAGACGAGGAGGAACAGAAACAAGGGGAAACGGGUCAAGGAUUCACCACAGGGAUAUUCCCGUUCCUCCACAUCCCCGGCGCAGCGGGACAGCGACAGCGACCCCGGAGCCGGCUCUGAGGACCACGGAGAGGACGCGGCGCGUGGUCCCCUGGAACCGCCCCGUGUUCCGAGAGACCGCUCCUCCAACGCCCCGACCCCGGAGCCCCCUUCCGGCGCAGGGACGGAGGAGGAAGGCGCCGGCGAGCCAGGGCCCGGGGUCAACAUGACCGCUGAAGGACGUGUGUGGACGCCGGGAGACCCCCACAGAUGCUUUGUGACCGGGAGAGAAAUCAAAGCAGGGCGCGACGGCCCCUCCCGGGGGUCCGGGCGUCCCCCAGACGGACCGAGACCCCCCAGUGGCAGAGACGGGGGCGGGGAGACGGGCCCCCCUGGCCAGGUGGGCGGGCACCAGGCCCCGCUGAAGGGCCGCCCCACGGCCCCCCGCAGUGUGACGCCCUACGGAGGGUCCGCCCUGGACCCCGGCCCCCCGUCUCACCACGUCAGGACCGCCGCCAGAGCGGGCCUCCCUCUUCCCUUCCAGCACCAAGCGCUGGGUCUGGUGGGCGUGUCUCCGUUCGGGGGGUACGUCCUUUAUCCGUACCCCAGCUUCCACGCCCCCCCGUACCUCCCCCACUACCUCCCAGGGAAACCGUGCGUGGACUUCCACCCCCGCCACCCCCCCUCGGCGCCCCCGAAGCUGUCGUUCCCCUGUAAAUACCCAGAGUUCACGGCGUGCCUGCGACCCUGCUGUCAGGGGGACCUGCUCCCACACGGACCCGGGGGGGGGGGCCCUAAAACAGACUACAGGGGUCCCUGA